CACCAGAAAAACCCAUGGAAAGCAUUAUCAAGAAGAUAUAUCAAGAAGAGAAAAUUCAACUUGCCAAAUCACGAUUGCAAAUGGAUGGAUCUGACCCGAUGUCUAAAUCCUACAGUUACAGAUCAGUAGACUCACCUGAUAUCAAUUAUAAAGGUCCAAACGAGCAAAACUCAGAGUAUAUCGAUAACUUUCCCAUAUUUGAGGAGUGGAUGAAUGAGCAUCAAGAACCAACUAUUCCUGAACAUCAAGAUAAUAUCCAAGUUUAUGGUUCGACUGCCAUUGAUGAUGGAACUAAGCGCACUGGAGGCAGUAGCAGUGGUAGCUACCUUCAUGGAAAUAGUAGCAGUGGGACAGAAACCUUGCAGGCUCAACAGGGGGCAAAAGAAAAAGUUGCCUUCAAAACUAAAUCACAGGUGGAGAUCCUAGAUGACGGUUUCAAGUGGAGGAAGUAUGGCAAGAAGAUGGUGAAAAACAGCCCAAACCCAAGGAAUUAUUACCGUUGUUCAACAGAAGGAUGUCCAGUAAAGAAGAGAGUUGAAAGAGACGUAGAAGAUGCACAAUAUGUAAUCACAACCUAUGAAGGAAUCCAUAACCAUGAAAGUCCUUCUAACUUCUGAUAGCUUGUAUCACAAUAAAUCCUGUAUGCAAAACCAAAUUAGUUUUUCAAAGCUUACCCAUUCUCCAGCUUAUUGAGAAGUAAGAAGCAUUUUUAUGUUCUCUUCGGUUGUAAGAAGAAAGUUAUACUGUGGUUACUUUUUUUCUUGGACCAGCCAAGA